AUGUCCGAAUCGCUCGUGGAAGCCGCGCACAACUCGCCUACGUCGGGGAAGAGGACUCUGGUCGACCUCCCAUCAGAGGUUCUCUCGCUGGUUUGCGCCGAAGCACGAAGGCAAGACGAGCGGUGGAUCCAGAGCUCCUCCGAGUGGGACUGGGGCGACGAGCAUCUCGGCCGCGGUGCCCGUCGGACGCUUGACCUUUCCAAGGCGAAGGGCCGUCGCGAGUUGUAUGAACCCGGCGAGUGGCUUGGACGCUCGCUCUUCGCGCUCUCGCUCGUUUGCCGGCGGGUACGAGCAGCGGCUCGACCCUUCUUGUGCGAGAGCAUUGACGAGUUCCACAUCGGCAAGCCCGUCUUCCGCAUUGGCGCCUUGCCGGCCUCGCUCGUCAACUGCGUCUCCCAUCUCUCGAUCGGUUCGGGAGGUGCGGCGGAACUUGUCAACGCCAUCCAAGCCAUCCCGAUGCUCCCUUCUCUCACCCAGUUCACACUGAGUCUCUCCGUCCUCGGCGCCCACGACCCGAUGCACUUCCUCCCGAGCACGGCCAUUGAUGCAGACCUCUUCGAAGCUCUCCGCGCUAGGCUCGCUUCGAUCCCGCAUCUCGCGUUCAAAUACGUGACGGACGCUUUCCUGCCGAUGGUGAAACGUUUCUUCAGCCCUGCGUUGCGGCACCUCGAGCUUCACUCGCAGGUAUACUACGACGAGCUGACCGUGCAACUCGGCAUCGUUAUGAGAUACGGCGGCAAACCUCCAGGCUUCUUCGACUUCUGGCCAAACCUGAAGAGUCUCGCGCUCAGCAGUGGCGCCCUCGGCGACUACAUACUCGAUCAACUUGUCGAGACUCACAUUCGCCUCCCGAACUUGCGCAUCGCCGACGUUUCGCUGUCGACUCUUCGCGCCGUACCUGUCAUUGGUUGGGUCGCACCGAGCCUGACGGCGCUAAGCUUACGACUGCCUCAUAGCAACGUUCCCAUCGUCACCGUUACCGGUCAUCCCGGAGCCUUCCAGCAUGUCGAAACUCUCGAACUCUUCGGUCCGCGCGGACUGUCUUCCGCCGUUUCCUGCUUCUCGACUAGCUCACUGCGACAUCUUUCAAUCACGCUGUCCGACGCUGACAGCCCCGAUCCGGGCACGCCUGCCGAUUUCCUCCAUCGCGAGUCGGCAGUACCCAUCCCUCCCAACCUUCGCUCCGUCUCUCUCCACAACAUCGCCUCCCCCCCGCCCAUUGACUUCAUCGCCUUCCGAAGCAGCCUCGAAGCGAGCAACGUCUCGCUCGCGGCGCGGCCGAGGGACUUGAAGCUGAUUGCGGAGGACUGCGCGCUCAAGGACGAAGCGAACGAGCUCGCGAUGAAGGGGGUUCGUCUGUGCCGUAUCAGGGAAACGCUUCAGUGGGCUAUGCGGCGCUCAGAGUGGUUGUCGGCGCUUGGCGAUUGGAAGGGGCUCGACGAGCUCGAGUGGGCGUUGGAGAGGAUGGGCGACGUUCAGGACCGCGACGUCAAGAACGAGCAAGUUAAGAACUCGACGGGGACCCGCGCCAGAGCGACUCGCUUGUUGCGCGCUCUCCCUCCCUUCGAACCAUUGCUGCGUUCCGCGCGUCUGAAGAUCGCUCAGCCCGCACUUAGUCCCGCAGGACCCGCUGCUCGUCCUCGGCAGUGCCUCGAAUUUUCGACUACGACAGCUGCUGAGACUCACCGACACUACAACACAUACGACGAUCAUGGCCGGCCUCAGCGCGCGGCGUUCUGUAAACAGCUCGCCAGGUUUCGACACCUCUGGUCACUCAAGUUCGAGGAUGGUUCUCUCGCCAGCAACUGCGUCAUGAGUACCCUUCCGAUGGACGAGCUCAGUUUCCCGUCCUUGAGGAUCCUCAGGAUUGAGGUCAGUCGCGUCACGGACGUGCCGAAGAUUAGUCAGCUCGCCCCUCAGCUCUCACACCUCUACCUGCCAUCGUCCGUUGCCGACAUCGUCGACGACCCUACUCCCACCGCUGCACCCCCUUCCGACUUCUUCAUCCAUAUCCAGUACCUCGAACUCCAUGGGCCACCGCUUCUCUCUGCUGCCCUCCGAUACUUCGCCUCGUCGCCUCUGGAGUCCCUGCACAUCCGCCUGAACGGCGGCGACCACUUUCAAGAGCGCGAUCAUCUCUUCGCUUCCGGACUCUCUUUCAACCUACCGGCGGCGUUGCGGGACGUAUGGUUGACGGGCGCCGAUCUACUGGCCGACGACGCACGGCGACUCUUCAUCCAGCGCUGCGCCGCGAUUGAGGGACACGUCGUCAUCGACGACUUUUGCAUUCCACGGCCGUCCGAGCCCGUGGCAGGAAGCCAGGCGGGCGAGACGACGGACGAACAAGACGCGGCUCGUAUCAUGGAUGCGGGCGCCGCAGAAUCCGAGAUGCGGACCGACAAGGUUAUGUGGAUGGUCGACGCGCUGUGCAGUCGGGCGGACUGGCUCGUAGAGGUCAAGGACGAUCAUGCGCUGCGCAGCCUGGAGAAGGCGCUGAAGCUGGACAGGCUGUGA